AUGAAAGACAAGAAAAUCGAGUCUUUGUUGCAUGCCAAGGCUGUUGGUGCAGAUAGGUCCCUCCGCACAAAUAGAAGUGUGAGUCAAAGGGAAUUGGCGGAUCGUGAUCGUCAGGUCCAUGCCAUAACGCAGAGGCUGAAGCAGAAGCUUGUCCAACAGUCUCAAUUGCUGACUUCUUACGAGGAAGCGAUGCAGUCCCUUCGUAGUGGUGUAAAGAGCACAAACCUCAUGGAAUUGGAGGAGGAGCGAGUUCAAUUGUAUCAGGAAUUGCGUCACCACCAAAUACUUUUGGAUCAACAGCGUUUUGAAAGGGAAGCUCACGAACAAAAGUUGGCUGCCUUUGCAGACGUGGAGGCAAGAAAUAAUCUACAAAUGGCCAAGCUUCAGCAAGAGAAUAGAAUGAUUACCUAUGAAAAGCGCAAACUAGAACAAGAGAUUGGAUUCUUAAAGUCUCAUGUGGAGCAGAUUCAGAGUAACCUUACUCUUGAGCAGCGCAAGCGGACAUACGAUCGAGAAUUCAGUGAGAGUGUUGGAAAGCAUACAAUAAACUAA